AAUGACAGCAAUGGAAAUAAUUGGUUUCCUAAUGGCAAGAGGCAACGGUCGCACCGGCAGCCAGGCAGGCUAAGCUUUUUACCGGACCACUGGCGGAAACUGAUCGACGACCGCUAUCUACGUCCACUUGAUGAGACCACUGAGGCACAUUCGCGAGAACAGAGAGAUGAGGUUUUUGAAGUGCAAGUGGCAGCUGCGAGUGAAAGCCUCAAAGUUCUUGUGGACGAUAAAUUGGUUUACAGAACGCAGGGCCACGUAAUUGACGGCAUUCACAUGUUGGUGAUGUCAGGAGACGGUGAAGUGAUGCUUCGCCGAGACUUCCACACGGGGCAUCCAGCGGAAACAGAACUGCUGGGACAGACUCUGGUCAACCUGCAGCCUGGAGCUCUGGUUAUCUUAGUUUUGAUGUUCAGCGCCGGGGACUUCCUAAGAAGUACAGAGCGCAUGCUGCUCCAGUACCUAGGGAUGAAGGGGAACACUGUGGGAGGAGCCCUCAAAUUAGGCGCUGACUGGGCUCAGGGGAUAGGCUCGUCGCCAUAUCUUAUCGACCCCGCACAGCUUAAGCAAAAAGCAGCAGCCGUACAAACAAGGAACAGGACUACGUCUUACGACGUGCUUGUAAUCACUCCUGAAGGAAGAGAAGUGAGGAAAAAGCUACGAGGUCAGCAACAAAACUUCAUAUCGUAUAAUGGGUACAUUGAUACCGACGACCCAUCUAUACUGAUCACUGUUGUUCCCGACAACUGGCCACCACAAAAUGCAGAGGAGGAGUUUGUAGCGCGCGCAUACCUAGAAGCAGCAGUGAUUUUCAAAGGAAACAAGAAUUUGCAGUCUAACAUGGACGCUUCCUUGCUAAUACCAAGAGGUAGAAGAUCAGAAUGUGACUGGCAUUAUGACGCCAGACGACAGAAGCAGGCGGAGUUUUGUCGCCGCUACGAAGGGUACGGGACUUUGUGCCGUUGCAGAGACCCUCUAGAUCCCCUUCGACUACGAAAUUCAUCGGUCCACAUCCAAAUGUCGGAAGUAAUCCCCAUCGCCAUACUCACCGCCACCAAGUGCCACUUUUUCUACCGGCAACUGAUAAGUCUCCUUUUGGCAAACGGUGCAGCACAAACAGAUAUUUUGGUUCUCACCGACGGGCACCAGGAAGAAACUUCACAGCUAGCCUCCAUCUUUGG